AUGUGUAGUGUUUCUAUCCAGAUUCACCUCCUCUGUCUACCACAACACCCGACUCCUGCUAAAUAUGGCGACUUUGAAGAGCUUCACUCAAAAUCUUUGGCUACCGUACUGUACGAUUAUAAUCCUCUUGAAAAUGAUGAGAUUGCGUUACAAAAGGGUGAAACGAUUGAGAUAUUGAGUGAUGCAGAUUCAUUGGGUUGGUGUACUGGACGGAGGAACGGAGAGGUUGGUCUAUUCCCUGCGAGUUAUGUGCAAGUGAUGUGA